GGCUGCUGAUCAACUGAACGCUGCCUCCGUGUCAUUCCUUCUUCGCCGACUCCAUCCACACCUUUGGGAACCCCUGGACCUGCUGGGGUUGGACCCCAACAAUGGAUAGCACCCCAUCGAGGGGUGGACUGAACCGAGCACACCUACAAUGCAGGAAUCUACAGGAGUUCCUUGGGGGCCUGAGCCCUGGGGUACUGGACCGACUCUACGGGCACCCCGCCACCUGUCUGGCUGUCUUCAGGGAGCUCCCGUCGUUGGCUAAGAACUGGGUGAUGCGGAUGCUCUUUCUGGAGCAGCCUUUGCCACAAGCUACUGUGGCCCUGUGGGUGAAGAAGGAAUUCAGCAAAGCGCAGGAGGAAAGUACAGGGUUGCUGAGCGGCCUCCGGAUCUGGCACACACAGCUGCUUCCUGGUGGUCUCCAGGGCCUCAUCCUCAACCCCGUCUUCCGCCAGAACCUCCGCACUGCGCUUCUGGGUGGGGGCAAGGCCUGGUCUGAUGACACAAGUCAGCUGGGACCAGACAAACAUGCCCGGGAUGUCCCCGCACUGGAUAAGUACGCCGAGGAGCGAUGGGAGGUGGUCCUGCACUUCAUGGUGGGCUCCCCCAGUGCAGCCGUCAGCCAGGACUUGGCUCAGCUCCUCAGCCAGGCGGGGCUUAUGAAGAGUGCUGAGCCUGGAGAGCCGCCCUGCAUCACCUCUGCUGGCUUCCAGUUCCUGUUGCUGGACACCCCCGCCCAGCUCUGGUACUUCAUGCUGCAGUACCUGCAGGCGGCCCAGAGUCGGGGCAUGGACCUAGUGGAGAUCCUCUCCUUUCUCUUCCAGCUCAGCUUCUCUACUCUGGGCAAGGAUUACUCUGUGGAAGGUAUGAGUGAUUCUCUGUUGAACUUCCUGCAGCAUCUGCGUGAGUUUGGGCUUGUUUUCCAGAGGAAGAGGAAGUCUCGGCGGUACUACCCCACGCGCCUGGCCAUCAAUCUCUCAUCGGGUGUUUCUGGGGCGGGGGCCACUGCGCAUCAGCCAGGCUUCAUUGUCGUGGAAACCAAUUUCCGGCUGUACGCCUACACAGAGUCGGAGCUGCAGAUCGCCCUCAUUGCCCCCUUCUCUGAGAUGCUCUAUCGCUUCCCCAACAUGGUGGUGGCGCAGGUCACCCGGGAGAGCGUGCAGCAGGCCAUCGCCAGUGGCAUUACAGCCCAGCAGAUCAUCCAUUUCCUAAGGACAAGGGCCCACCCAGUGAUGCUUAAACGGACACCUGUGCUGCCGCCCACCAUCACAGACCAGAUUCGGCUGUGGGAGCUGGAAAGGGACAGACUCCGCUUCACCGAGGGCGUCCUGUAUAACCAGUUCCUGUCGCAAGUGGACUUUGAGCUGCUGCUGGCCCACGUGCGAGAGCUGGGCGUGCUGGUGUUCGAGAACGCGGCCAAGCGGCUCAUGGUGGUGACGCCUGCGGGGCACCGCGACGUCAAGCGCUUCUGGAAGCGGCAGAAGCAUAGCUCCCGGGGACUUGGGGGGACUGCACGUGGGGACGCUGCUGUUCAAUAAAGUCGGAAAGCGCUAAAAAAAUAUAUAUAUAUAUUUUUUAAUUGCUUCAUAGCAUCAUUACUGGCACAUAGUAAAUGCUUAGUAAAUAUUAGCUAUUAUCUACAUGUACUUGAUAGGUUUUGGUGGGAGAAAACCCUGAGGUUGGUUUUGGGUAUGUUGAGGCCUAGGUACUUGAGUCAUCAGAGAAGUGGAAGCAAUACUGCCCCGGGCAGAAGUGUGCUCACCGAAUAGUCCCAGCCUUGUCUACACACUGGGACACUGACCUCCGGAGCCUCUGCUCCCUCUUCUGUAAAGAAGGAAUGGUAUUAUCCACCUACCCUCUGUCUGAGGAGGCGCUGCACACAUGUAGGGUGGUAUUAGUAUUAUUUUGUCUGUCAUUAUAUGCUCCCCUCCUUUCCACCACGUAGUUGGAAUCAAGAAAACUUUCCUGUUUUGCCAGUUAUAGGGUUGUGCACUUGCACCCUGAAAGGCUCCUUGUGUGGCAUCAAGUUCUUUUUCUCUCAGCCAUUGUCUUUCUUUCCUUGUUCCUCUCCUGUUUCUGUCCUCUGCCCCCCACCACUCCCCUUCCUUAUGCCAGGACCCCUGGGAACUCAUGCUAAUAACUCUGUGGGUGUUUCUGAGCAAUUAAACUGCUGAGGUUGAUGAGUUCUGGCAUUAACAUGUCGUCAGGGUCUUACAGUAAAAUAGGAACAGCUGGUAAUAGUGAGAGGGACAGUGACAGUCCCUCUGCAGGGCUGAUUUGGUGCAUAUACGUUUGCUCUGCAGUGUGGCACUUAUCGGGCAAUGAUAACUUGCAAACUUUCUAAUUUAGCAUUCAUUUCUUGGCACUAGAUGAGAGCAGUCCUAGCAUGCAGGAAUGAGUCAUGUAAUAGCAGAGAUAAUUCUUACAAAUAAUAAACAUCCCUUUCUAUUAUUCCAAAGACAAACAUUGGUGGUGGUGUCAUUGGGGUUUUUCAUGACCUUUUGUGCACUCUGGACUGGUCUUUUCCAAAACAAAUGUGGUGUCUGCAUUUUAGAUACUUUUCCUCCCCUGCCCCUUUAUCCUUCAGAAAUAAAGAUUUUCCAACACAAGGCUAAAUGUCAGCUGACGUUGCAGAUGUGUAAAAGGAUCAUUUUUAUGGUCCUUAGCUUCCAAGGGUUCUUGUGCAAGCUUCUUUUUUUCUGGAUUCAGUUUUCUUGUUUGUGAAACGAUGGGGUGAACCCUGAUCAUCUCCAAGUACUCCUCCUCCUGUUUCAAGAUGGGCCCAGUUGAGGUAGCCUUUGCUUUUAGACUCUAGAAACACUGCUGAAGUGUGUAGUAAGUAAAAUGGACAUUUUGAACAUCAGGUCUACACCCUAAAGGACCAUAUGAUGAAUUUGAUUACAAAUUUUAAAAAGUAAAACAU